CUCGUUCAGUUAGUGUACCGUAGUCGACAUACGCGGUUUUAGUCGAUGGGUGACUGCUAUGUGAGUGCGAUAACGUGACGUGUUUGCUGCGCUCAUUCCUGGCCGCCUACAGUGUAAAAAGAAGUUUCAGUGGUGGAAAAAUGGAGGAUGUUGAAUUGAAACCCGUAUGUUCUAUCGCAACAAACGAUCAACUUCUUAAAGCAGUACAGACAAAUGAUUUGAGUUUGUUCAAAAACCUUCUGGAAAUAGGGUUGGGAAAUUCGUCGAUAGAUUUGAGUGCUACAUUUGAUGAACCUUAUCAUGGCACUAUAUUAGACAUAUGUUGCGUAUCGACGGGUAGAUCGGAAUUCGUCAGAGUACUGUUGUCAAUAGGUGUGGACGUGAAUGUUAUCAACAAAAACCGAAAGAAAGCCCCGAUACAUUUAGCGGCAGCGAACGGGUGUACGGAUGCAUUGCGCGCGCUACUGGAACAUAGUCCAACCGACGUAAACUUACUGGAUAGUGAUGGAAACUCGGCACUACACCUCGCGACCAAAGCCGGACAACUGGAAUGUUCGAAAUUAUUGUUGGACAGCAAAAGCGUAAACCCUAACCAAUUGAACCGAAAAGGUUUUACUCCGGCAUAUAUCGCAGCCACUUCAAAAAAUAAAAACGAUACAUUAAUGCUAGCAUUCAUCAGAUGCCCAAGAGUGGAUUUGGACGUGCAGAUUUGGGACAAAUCUUUGAGAAACAUAAUAGGCGAUAAAUAUUCACAUUUAGCGGAAGAAAUGUUGUUGGUAGGAUCACGAAAUAUUACAGAGCAACACGAUAACAUGUUCGUGUAUCUCUACUCAAAUGACGCAGAAAACUUUGUCUCACAGUUAACCACAGACCAAUCACAUGAUCUUAACAGUCACGAUGGAAAACACACUUAUCUCCAAUACGCAUGCGAUUUUGGUUUGAUCCGAGUCGUUCAAAUUCUUCUCGAUCUCGGUGCCGAUCCAAACGGAAUAUGCCCGUCUAAUACCAAGUACCCGAUUUUUAUUGCUUCUUUCAGAGGAUUUGCAGAUAUCAUACAACUUUUUUUGGACAGCAAUAAAUCCAUACACUAUCAAACGGAUAAUGGGACUGCACUCCACGAAGUGAUCAAAGGUUCCGAUGAGAAUCACAAUUCGUUAGACGUAAACGUAGAGUUGUGCGAUCACGGCAGAUCGUUUGAAAUAUUAUUAAAUAAAAGUAAAAUCAAUCCUAUUGAACUCGAUAUCAACCAAUCAGACGAUAAAGGAAAUACUUGCUUACAUUACGCUGCAAAAGUGGGCGAUCGUGAUUACAUAUUAUCUUUGCUGGACCAAGGCGCGUAUGUGGGAAAGAAAAAUGUACUGGGAGACCCUCCACUCGCUGAUAUUAGUCCGAAAAUUUUGGAAUUGCAUCUCAACAGAUGCGUGAAAACUAACGGGAAGUCUCCAAAGGACGUUAAUUAUGAAAUUAUUUGUUCGUACAGUUUCUUAUGUCCACCAAAGAUUUAUAAGCGGAAAGACCACGAUAAUCAUCAAACACAAUUAGAAGGCCAGGAAUACGUUCCGGAAAAUGUCCCCGAAACCGAUCCAUUAUUGUACAUUAGUGAAGUCCCUGAGCUCAGACCUCUUCUCAAACAUCCAGUGCUCACCAGCUUCUUGCAUUUGAAAUGGUUCGCUAUAAAACGAUAUUAUAAAAUUAAUCUAGCGUUUUACAUAGCUUUUUGGGCACUUCUAACCGUGUACACAUUGUUGACGUUUAGACUAGGCGUUCAUAGUAGUACUAAUAAUUUGACGUCAGUGCAAAACAAUAACGCUACAGAGUUUUCCGCAAACAAGGCGCCGUUUGGUAGUGAUUCGGCGAUGUUCUUGUGGAUCAUGGUAUUCGUGUUCCUUGUAGUCUUAGUGGUUCGCGAAUUAUUCCAGUUAAUCUCGUCUCCAUUCGCUUACAUAACCAGCUUUGAAAAUUGGCUGGAAAUAAGUCUCGUCAUAUUGACCUCUGUUCUGCUACUAAGCGAGAUGUCGUCAACCAUGUCGACUAGAAAUCAGAUAUCUGCCGUCGUCAUCCUAUUAUCGUGGGGCGAGCUCAUACUUCUCGUCGGCAGACAUCCAGCGCUCGCCACUCAUCUAGAGAUGUUCAAACGCGUCACUAAAAACUUUUUACAAUUCCUGGUAUGGUAUUCCAUACUGAUUGUCGCGUUUGCGUUGAGUUUUUACAUGCUGUUCAGAAACGACGAGGACGACGACAACAAGUUCAAGUAUCCGAGUUCGGCGACAUUUAAAACGAUCGUCAUGUUGACUGGAGAGUUCGAUACGUUCGGCUCACUGCCCUUUGAUUUGCAUCCGAUUGUCAGCCAUGCACUAUUUCUUCUGUUCAUAUUCCUCAUCGCCAUCGUCCUGGUUAACCUGUUGAAUGGUCUUGCCGUGAGUGACACUCAGGCGAUUAGAGCCGACGCGGAAAUCGUUGCCCACGUGUCCCGAGUGAAACUCAUACAUUACUUCGAAACAAUGGCCAUCGGGGAUCCAUUCUCUUGGAUUCACAAAGCUCAGAACCACAUCAACAGUUUCGGAUAUGACGUUCCACCGGUAUGUUCCAAGCGGUUUUAUCUUAAGAUUAGAUUGUUUCCGGAUGCCCUACGGGACUCGGAAAUAAAAAUUUUACCGAAUCAAAGGAAUUUUGUUGACUUUGGGCUGUCCACGAAAAAAAACCAAACUGGGUGCAUUGCAAACUGUCAAGGUUAUUAUCUUGAAAAAGAAAUCGUUAACGACGCUAAAUUGAUAAUUAAACUGAAUUCGGAGGAAUCGGAGAAAAGUUGUAUGGAAAUUAUGGAUGUUUUUAUUGAAAAGUUUAACAGUGUAGAAAAAGCGGUGGAGGAAAUUAAAAGCAUUUUGAACGCAAUGAACUUGAAAAAUGAUAUAGUGUCGAUUUCUUCGUCCUCUCAUUCUCCCAUGUUAAAUGGUUCAUAUGUAAACGUGUAGGUGAUGAAUUUCUUAAUGUCGUUCAUAAUUUCGUGUCUAUUUUCAAAUAUAAAUAUUAUAUUUUAUAUUUUUAUACAAUAAUAUCAACAUGAACGUAAAAAUAAUAAUUAUUACCUAACAUCAUGUUUUUUUAUUUACAAGUAUCGAAAUAUCAAAUUAAACUAAUAGGUAAUUAUGAGUACUAAUUUAAUUCGAAAAAAUUAUCGAUUGGUUUUAAAAUAUACGUUUUACUUGAUAUAACAAAAAAUGUUAUCACAUCUUAAUAAUACUGUAUAAUUAAGCUCACAUGGUUGUAUGUUCGUAUAAGCAAGAAAUCGUAAUGAAAACAA